AUGGUAAGCGGGUCGUUUCAGAACCUCUGCUAUGAUUGGCUAAUCACGGUGUCAAUCAUCCACGAGGCUUUUGGGAUAGGUCAGGGAGAAGGGGCAAGUGGUGUUAAUGUGGUGGAGAGCGAUGAGGCGACACGCUGUAGUUUCCUUGCUGUUGAUGUGUUGUUGUGCUGGCCACGCUCAGUAUGAGAAGUAUAGUUUCCGGAGCUUUCCUCGGGACGAGUUGAUGCCGUUGGAUUCAGCGUAUCGCCAUGCGCUGGACCAGUAUUCGGCGGAGAACUGGCAGGAGAGUGUGGAUUACCUAGAGAUGAGCCUCCGCCUGCACCGUCUGCUCCGCGACAGUGAGGCUUUCUGUAACCUUAACUGUAGCUUAGUAUUACCAGACCAAACCACUCGUUUCAGUGGCUUUCCCGAGCUCCAGCUCUUCGGCAGCAUCAUGAAGAGAGCACAGUGUCUCCGCAGGUGUAAACAGGGCUUGCCUGCUUUCCGCCAAUCUCAGCCCAGUAGAGAAACUCUGGACGACUUCGAGAAGCGGGAGGUCUACAAAUAUCUGCAGUUUGCUUAUUUUAAGGUACAGAAUGUUCCUAAAGCCAUAUCAGCAGCUCAUACCUUCCUUCAGAAGCACCCCGAUGAUGUGAUGAUGCAGCAGAACAUGGAUUACUACAAGUCUUUGCCAGACUCUGAUGACUUCUUGAAUGACCUGGAGAUGAAAAAUUAUGAGAAUCUGUUCAUCCAAGCGGUGAAAGCUUACAAUGGUGAGAAUUACCUGCCAUCUAUCACAAACAUGGAACUGGCCAUCCCAGAAUACCUCAAGGCAUAUGAUGAAUGUAUUGCUGCCUGUGAGGGUCCAAGAGAGGUGAAGGAAUUUAAAGAUUUCUACCCCUCAAUAGCAGAACAUUACGCUGAAGUACUACAGUGCAAAGUGAAGUGUGAGCAUGACCUAACUCCUGUCAUUGGAGGCUUUCUUGUGGAGAAAUUUUUUGCUACUAUGUACCACUAUUUGCAGUUCACUUAUUAUAAACUCAAUAAUAUGAAGAAUGCAGCUCCAUGCGUAGCAACGUACUUGCUGUUUGAUCCUGAAGAUUCAGUGAUGAAACAGAAUUUGGUGUUUUACCAAUACCAUAAGCUGAAAUGGGACCUGACGGAGGAAGAUUUCCUGCCGCGACCAGAGGCUUUACGAUACUACAACCAGACCAAUUUUCAGUUGCAAAUGUAUGAAUUUGCCAAACAACAUCUACAAGCUGAUGAUGAAGAUGAAGUAUUGGAGUAUAUUGACGAUCUUCUGGAAGAAGCAGACAGUUAAUAUUAGCGACGGAGCAGAGUCUGCAGUAAAGACUGUGUUGGUUAAAAACACAAAAUGAAUCCAUGUCUCCAGCUGCCUUAACUCAGGAUAAUUUCCUCAAAUUCUGAACUCUUCCCAUAUGUGCUUAAAGUCUUAGUUUUUUUUUAAUAUAAACCUCUCUUUGUUUGUUCAUCUACGUGCCUGAGUAGCAGCCCUAUUUUUUUUUAUUUGGAGAUGUGCCUUUUAUUACUUAAUAGAAAUUUUUUAGCUUUGAGCCGUUGCCUAAUUUAUACAUUUAGCUUCCAUUGUGUUCAUUUUCAUUUCUUCUCCAAUCUAGCUCAGAAAUAGUUUCUAGAGAUGAAAACCAUCACAGCUUCUUCAAAGUUCUUCCAGGCUGCUAUCUCGGAUUAUUGGACUGUUUUUGUUUUCUACGGUUGUACUGAUAGUCUUUCUUUAAAAGAAUGUUUAUUCGGUUUCUUCCAAAAUCCAAAUGACGUUUAAAGACACCUGGCAUACAUACUAUAUGUAGUUGGUUUAACUAACAUGCUUUCCAUUUCUGAGCAACUUGGUUGGUUUCAGUGCUAAAUGUCGUCCUGAAUCAGCCCCAAGACCAUGUCGAUCUUGACUGUAGGGGAGCUGAAUUUUUGAAAGCAAUAUAAAUCAGUAAAAUCUGCUUCAUGGAUUCACACUGAAUAGAGGUAUCAGUCAGUAAUAUGUGUUCACAUGUAUUAUCCUUCACAUCUAUCAGGAUUAAAUUUAGCAUUACCAGUGAGAAUGGAAACCAGAGAUAGUAGGAACUGCAGAUGCUGGAAAAUCUGAGAUAACAAGGUGUAGAGCUGGAUGAACACAGCAGGCCAAGCAGCAUCAUAGGAGCAGGAAGGCUGACGUUUCGGGCCUAGACCCUGAAAAAGUUACUCUCCUCCCCCAAGAAUGGAAACCAUGUAGGUGCUGUUUGAUCUAAUUGUCAGGAACCCAUUUAAUAAUAAUAUUGGGAAGAUCUCAUAUUUAGAAAAAGAUGUUAUGCAUUUUUUUUGCAACUUGUGGAGAAUUUUUUGGUAUAAUUUUUGUUUAAACAUGUGACUAAAAAGUAUACAGAUUGCAAAGUUCAGAAAUGUUUACUGAUUAUGAUUCUAUAUCAAGGACUUAAACCAAACUUGUUUCGUAUUUGCCUCAGGAUUCCACUAGCUGUACUGCCUCAGUGCCAGGGAAAACAUUGACUCAUUUAUUAAUGUUUGAAUAUAGACCCUUGAUGCUGUUUGUAGAGAGUCAAUGUGAAAAACCCACAACUAAUCCUUCAGUGCAGCUGCUUGUGCCUGGACACUUGGUUGUGAGCCAUGCCUUAAACAGCAACUCCUUUUACACAGUCACCGGUGGAUUGAAUAACAUAGUGUAAACUCACCAAACGAUUAGAGAUUCUCACAAAACAACUGCUGCCUUGAUAACAUGAAUAAUCUGUAAUCUUUCUGGCUCCAAAAUGUUCUUUUCAGAAGAAACUAAAUCAGAUACCAUUUGAAAUUGCAUGAAGGUGUAUAUGAGUGCGAAUCACAUAAUACUAACCUUUGUUUGGUCAUUGUUUGCUCAACCAAAAAAACCCUCAAAGCCUGCCCUUAAAUUCUUUCCAUGUUUACUUCAGGUCACAAACUAUCUUUUUAAUGUAUAAUCCAAACUGCUUGAAAAAUAGAAAAGAAAUAACACUAAAUUUAUUUAACUGAGAUUUAUAUUUGAUGAUUUAAAGCAAACUAACAAAUAGUCUGAUGUAGACAGCCAAUCACUCGCUGCUCCCUUACAAUUACUCCCCUGCACCUACCCCACUCCUCCAUCCCCACCUUCAGCUCCUCCCUGCCCCCAUAUUAUGAUCUUCACUCUUUUUGUAUCUCAAUGCAUCAUGUCUGGACUGUGAACAGCAACAUUCUUGUGGUAAAUCCUGUUUUUUUUAAAAAAACAUGAAUCACAUUAAUAUAGCAGUAUUAAUCUUUCUUUAUACACUACAGCCAUUGUGUGCCUAUUUUAUCUUUAGAAAAGGAUAGAAUCUGUACAACUGGGUGCAAUAAACGAAAAUAAAAUUUCACCUUUUUAUGGA